GUGACAUCCGCCGUGGGCAGACGCAUUUCGUGUUUGUAUCGAUAGUGCGUUUUAGUUUGAAGUUAAAUUUCUUUUUGCCUAUCUGCGUGGAUGUAAUAAACCGUGUUUCUCUUUGUUUUGAUAGUUUGGCGGUGAAUCUGUUCCUACUUAAGGAAAAAGAGCAAUAUAUGGCCCAGCAGCCCAUAUCUUUCGUAAUCAUGCUGGCAACAUAGACAACAGUCUAGCCAAUCGUGUCACGGAAUCAUCGUAGAUGGUAUCUGGUGUCAUACAUCGUUAGAUUGCCGAAACAACGUGGGACAAAUCAAAAACACACACACACGAAGUUCUUCUGCACGCUCUUAGCGCGUAGUACAAAGAUGAAUCAAAUUUUUGCAGGACACUUUGAGGAUGCAAUCGUUGAUGAGAUAGCCCUCGAAGGAUUAGAAGGAAUCACACUUGAAGGUCUCUGGACUCGCCUUGCUGAGAAUCUGAAGGCACAGUUGCCUUUAAGAUGGGAAAUCUGCGUGCAGGUUUGGCAGUUCAUAGUGAAACUGCCGCGCCAUUUUCAGUUCUUCUCACUUCCUGAUCCUCGCCCAAGUCUGCAGAUAGUGAACAGGUUUAAGCUGCUGUGUUCGGACGCAUUGGAUACGCAAAUUCAAGAGUGCCCUUCACGAUAUUACAAAUAUAACCAAAUAGAAGACGGUGAAAUCAGAGGAUCUUGUGAGUUCUACAAGGAGCGGGUUGAAAUUGGUCACGAGGAAAUUAAAGAUCUGACUUUGGAAGAAAUUAACGCUAAAUGGGGAAGCAGAUUCAUUAUUGUUGGUGUUCAACAUUUACGCGAACAAGCACUUAUCCUCGACACACACGUGCCAUCUUUACCAAGCGCGCUGAAAGUGCAACCUUAUUGCUUUUUGGAAAGGAUUGGAAGAUCGCGACACUAUGGCGAGGCAACUAUUGGGAAACAUUCUUUAUUGAAUAUCUGCAGCGAAUCGGUCAUAAUUUUCUAUAUUAGAAACCGUUUGAGUAGUUUGAAUCUGAUCAAGAAGCAGCACUACUACGAAAAGUGCCAAACAGGCAGUGUCCUCCACUUGACUCGGUUUUCCACAAUACAGCAGCCUAUCCAGGUGAUCGUGCUGGCAGACGCAAUUAGGUAUUUGCAAAGUCGCAACGGUAUUGCUGAACAUGGCAAGUUAAAGUCCUAUUUGAGCAAGCACUACGAACUUUCUAUUAGGAAAUUUGCGCAAACAAGUCUUUUCAAAAGAUAUAUUUUCUCCGAUAAAGCCCUUUAUCGUGAUGUAUAUCCGGACGCGACCAAAGAGGAGUACGAGAAGAAAAGCAAUCGCAAGGAGGAGAGAGUGCUGAAGGUGUUGAAGUUGAUAGAUGCCAAUAUAAAGGUGGACGAUAUAUACGAAGAGGAGGACGCCGAGGACGAAGAAACGGUCAAGUCUUUCCUUUCAAAGGAGAAUCUAUACCUGGAUUUAUCCAUGACUGAACAAAUCUACGAGACAGUGAAAUCACACGGUCCUGAAGGGAUAAGUCAAACAGCUCUAGCCAAAUUCUUAGGUUGUAGAAAGCUAUGCAUGCGGAGAUUUAUAAAGAAGGUGACGACCUUAGGACUAAUCGGAUUCUACUUGAAAGAUGAAGGAAGGCAACGUUUGAGAAUGUAUGUGGCAAAGAAAUUCUUGCAACCAAAUGUUCAGCUCGCGGAACAAUCAACGAAUACCAAAUCAUCAUCAUCUGUUGUUGAAUCGCCGCAAGUGCCUGCAAUCUUAACGCCUCCCAUUCCGGUCAAAGAAGAGGCUGCGAUAUCUUCGCUCGAAUUUACUGAUAAAGACGAACCAGAUUUCAGAAUGACAGUGAAAGAGCAUCACUACGAAACAGGCAAUCCCAGACGUACGGAGUUACUAACAGUGAAGCAAAAGCAUCGUCGUGACACAGUUCUAGAAAUCACUCGGAAAUUUCACAUCGUUGAUACGAUUCAAUUGAUUCGCGCCAUUAUAGACGCUGAGCAGAACUUGGGCUAUGCUGACACAAUUUGUCGCAAAACGCUAUCAAAAAUCUUAACGCCAUUGGUGGAGUUAAAAUUGUUGAAAAUUUAUGACGUUCGAUUGGUUUGGCGUGAAUAUGUUAAAAACAUGAAGUUAGUAUGUGAUGCACCGAUCAACCUGGAGCACAAAAUAAUGUCCGACGAGCUGCUGAAAUUAAAAGAUUCAUUCUUUAGCACAAUUACUAUAAAAAAACGCAAAAGUAUACAAGAUGCAUCGGCAUCCCUUUUGAAUUUGUUGAAAAAGAAGAAGGGAGUGCAGAGGAAUGUAAAGGAUCUGAGUGAACGUGUGGGAGCCGCGAAAUAUAUCCGCGCCAAAUUAAUCCAUGAAAUACUUUUCCAUUUGGUGUACACUUUGAAACAUGACCAAAAACCAAUCACAUUUACAGAAGCGGCAAAAGCAUGGAAGGAAUUUGAUUUAUCCAUAGAUGCAAGCGAAUUACAGCACAAACUGCCUGAAGUUUUCAAUACGGAAGUCAACUGGACAAUGUUUCUAAGCCCACUGCCUGAAUAUGAAGAUUACCCCGAAGGCUGGAUUUGCGUUAAGGACUUCUUACUUCGUAUUCCCCUUUCCUUGUUCGUGAAAAUUCAUCGAGUUGGUGAUCAUGCAAACCUACUUAUACAGGAAUACCUGAAACACCCUAUUCGACGCUUCUUUACUAUUCGAGGUUUACCCCUUGAAGUUCGAGACUACAUCCACUUUGACAAGUCUUACGUGCGCACCAUUGAGGAGAUUCUCAGGCUUCUUGGUUAUAUGGGCCUGGUUCAGUUCGGACCGCGUCUACACAGGGAAACCAUUUACAAUUACAUAUACGUAAAUAGACAUGCUAUUCUUGUGGAUACAACUACAUCCGAUCCUGGCUACGCGAAGAUUUCGGAUGAUCGUGAAUAUGCCCAAUUACAAUUCUACUUUGAAACUCCAUCAGAUAUAACGGAGUUUUGGUUAACAAUUCAAAAUAUAUGCAUGGGUACAAAAUUAGGAUAUCGUUGCAAGAAGGACAAAUCAGAGAAGCCUAUCAGGCUUAUCAUGAAACCUCUGCCAGAAGUACGAAUCGAGGAAGCGUCGCAAAAAGAUGUGGGUUAUAUAGUAGGCAAUGGCCGAGGUGCAGCGGGUUUAGACUGGAAACUUUUCGCGCAUAAAAUGAGAAACUGGGACUUGUCGUACAAUGCGAACACGAAGAGCGUGGAUGUCACAAAGCUGCGUCCAAAAACACGUUAUACAACGCAAAAGAUGCCUCAACGUGGCGUCCGACAAGUGUUUGUUAAGCGCUUCAAAAAACACAUUGUAGUGAAGCGCGUGAAGAAAAUCAUCUAUGACGAUGUAGACAAAGAAUGCUUGCAACGAAUGGAUCAACUUCGCGUUAGGUGGAAUGAAAAAGAGGAUCGAUUGUUGAUGAUUUGCCGAGUGGCAAAUAGUUUCCUUCAGGGAAAUGCUGGACAAAAAGCUACGAUUGCAUUUACAUGCCGGGACAUUUUGCAAUGGCAUUUACGUUCAAUGCAAAAGUCCUCAAGAGCAUGUCAACGGCGUAUUUUGUAUUUGAUGAGAAAUAAGGCAAAUGUAAACCAAGUGAAUAGUUGGCUUAAUGAAUUAUAUCAAAAUGAGUACGUAAACCGGACAUAUGGCGCGAGCUUCUUCGUUGAACUACGGAAACUCUACCGUUCUGUUGACAUGUUUGGCGCAGUUGCCCGAAUAUACUUUGUUCAGCUUGUUUGCUUCCUCGUUCAACUUUUAGAUAAAACCAGCAUCCGGCAAAGUGACAUUAUUCCUGACACUUUACAGCAAUUUAGCUUACUCUAUCGCAAAUCAUACGACAACAAUACUGCUAUUCGGCACUUUGAUCCGACAACUAUUGACGAAGUGAAUGAAUCGACAAUUAACCUUCUGAUACACAGCUCCGUUUGCAGCCAACGGGACAAAAUGCUGUAUAAUAUACAACUGUUCGAAAUCUACCGCUCUUACGACGAGGGACUAAUUGAACGCUGCUUUCGGAAGGUUCGCUUUGUCGAUCAGCUUGUGGUCACUGGAAAAAUGAUCUCAAAGCAAAAGUUCCCAUUGCUUGGAAAACAAGUGUGCGUUUCUAGCAUAUAUCGGCAGCAAUUCUUCGUUCUGAUUCCGUACACAAUCUUUGAGCAAUGCCAUCAAUCUUUGGAUGCGCUACUUGAGAGCUGUUACCGCCCUGGAGAGCAGUCACAAAUAAAGUAUACGUGCGUUAAUAGCGGGGCUUCGAUUUUAAUUAUGGAACUAGUGUCGAUCCCUGGAAUUCAUUUCGAUAUUCAAACUCCAAAACAAGUCUUAAAGUUCGAUCCAAACCAAAUACAAAGUUCAACGCACAUGCCUGAUAAAGUAAUUGACCACUUUUACAUUUUAAACGAUAAACAAACCCAGGCGGAAUACGCGAAAGAAAUUCCACACAGCUCAACGACGCAGGCCAAAAAGAUCAAAUUCAAUGUGAAUGUAUCAGUUCAUAAGAUCGCCUAUAAUACAUACGACAUAAUUUCACGAUUGUCCGAAGCGCACAUUCACUUUUUUUGCGCUUUGCAGCAUUUAAACUCAACUAUUAGCAUAGAAGACCUUCAGCAAAAGCCUUAUAAUUGUCCUUUCCGAUGCAUUCUACAGGAUGCUGACUAUCUUACAACAAUUUCAAAUCUCGUUGCCGAAAACGCUACAUUAAUAAGUCAUCUUUUUAAAACUAGAAGUAAAACGGAUACAUCAGCAGAUAUCGAAGAUGCAGAAUUUGUUGGCCCCACGGUUAACUUGAAUGGCAACAAUAUAUUAUUCGCUGCCAACUACAUUCGAAACAUUGUGAAAAAAUUGUCGAUUGAUGACCAGAAAAAAGAUUUGGGAUAUAUUCGCUUACAGCAAAGACAGCCGGAUAUACUGCAAUUGGCAAAUGAUGCUCUCCGAAUGGACAACGAAGCAGACGGGUACGUUUCAGAUGAGGAGGAAUUACUCAUGGAGCGUGGGGAAGGAAAUCCCCGCUACCAGGAUUUCUUAGUAGUAAAUACGCCUACCUUAUCAAUUAACUUCGAAGCGACCGAUGAUCAACUCCUGCCUUACAAGGAAAUGCAAGUUCCAGAGAGACUUUUACCGAGUUUCAACAAGAAACAACAAGUUUUAGAUAAGGCUAUCACGGACGCUUUGUGGAAAUACGUGGAGUAUUCAGUGGAUGACUUAGAAAAGAAAAUGAAUGCAGAGAGAUUUUCUGAGAGAGAACAAGAGCUCACAAAGCAAUUACUGGAAUUUAUUGAAAAGUCUGAGUUUGGAGUGACGGUCUCAAAGCUGAUUGCGCAAUUUCCCGAUGAAGACUCGCUUCUUAAAGGUCUGACAAUAUUACGAAAAUUGAGCUUCAUAAAGCGUGUGGGCGUUGGAUCGUUUAUGUAUGUGCAUAAAAUGAAAGUCAGACCGUGGAUUAUUCACUCCUUCCAUGUGAAAAGAUUAGAAAGGGAAGCCAUGGCUGGCCAACAUGGAAUUACCCUUGCUGGUAUGAAACGAAAACAUGGAGUUGAGGUCGAUAAUCCUGAAAUGCCCAAGGAAAAGAAACCGAAAAAUGAUUCUGCGCCGUCCACAUCACGGAGUAAACGUUCCUUGAAACCGACCUCUCGUUACAGCAGCGAAGCUAUCACUCACAGGAAUUCAACGCCAACGGAGAAAAUUAAUAUGAAUAUGCGCCCUGCUCCAUGGGUCCGUGUCAACGGAACUCUGAAUAGGCGAGUAUUCGACAAAUGGAUCGGAACUUUAUUGUUGGAGUGUACUAUACGUUGUUCGAUCCCAGUUAAGAAUUUAUUUAUGAGAUUUCACCAACUGCACCCGGUCAACAUAAUGUUAUUGCUUGAGUGCUUAGAAGAGCUCGAAUGUAUCCAGUUGAAGCGAUGUAUUAGCAAGACUGUCAAUCUGUUCUCAGAAGAAGAUCAAAUAGAAGUUUCGGAAGGGAAUGAAUUGACGAAUCCCGAAAACAUGUUUGUUAUUGUAAAACCCGAUGCACUGCUUCGGCUGUCGGUCUUCAUCGGUGACAAGAAGUAUCAAAUAGACUUUUAAAUUACAUCUGCACCUCAUUCGCAAGAGUUUUUAAUUAUCUUCACUGAUACUAUUAUUUGAACCAUGUAAUUUACGAAUAUUUGAAUGUAAGAAGUACGUCAGCACUACAGAGUUCCAUUUUGAUUAUCCUGAUCAGAACAUCAGUGAUGUUCGCAAAAUAUAAAGCAGUCGAUUUUUU